AUGUCUUAUAACAAUUCUAGAUCUUUUGGAAAUUCUGGUUCAGGCUAUAACGGAGGAGGUUUUAAUUCUUCAAGCUCAUUUCAGAGCAAUAACUAUAACAAUAAUAAUAAUAGUAAUUUUAAUCGAAGUUAGACUACCUGGGGCUCUUCAAAUGGAAACUCAUGGUCCUCUUCAAACAACAAUUAUUCAAAUACUGGCGGGACUUCAUAUGGAAAUUAAAAUAGAUUUGGAAAUAACAACAACAGUAGCACCAACGGAGGUGGUUAUUCGAAUUCCUACAAUAGCUAUUCCAACAACUAGUAUAAUAACAACAACAAUAAUAUCAAUUCAGAUCCAUUAGGAAAACAUAAAGGCUUUUAUUAAGCAUAUCAGAUUAAUUAGUCUGUUUCGACCUUUGGAAAGACCUUCACUCACAAAGUUGAAGAUAUUUAUGACCCUAAUGUCUCGAAUUGUCCCAAAAAUGGUCAUUUCUAUCAUAUAAAUACUGAGUCCCAGAUUGCUAAUGUUUCUCCAUAAAUGGUAAGAAUGAUGGAUAUGAUUGCUGGAAUGAAUAAUGGAAAUCAAACUACUUCUUAUGAGUACAUAGCAUUUGAAGAUUUCAAAUAAAAUCAUAAAAAUUACAAAUUCUUUGAUCUUAUAAGUGGGCAAGGUAACUUUAAUGUAUAGCAAAAGACUAACUGGACUAGUUCAUCUUAUGGAAGCAGUAGUUAUGGAAAUAACUCAUCUAGUGGAUAUGGAAACUCCUACAAUAAUAACAAUAAUAAUAACACUAAUAGAGGGAGCACCUGGGGAAAUUCUGGCAAUAGUUGGGGUAAUAGCAAUAGCGGGUCAUCUUGGGGAAAUAAUAAUAAUAACAACAACAAUAGCAAUGGAUCAACAUGGGGAAAUAAUAAUAACACUUAAUUCGGAAGGUCAACUUGGGGGAAUAAUAAUAACAACAAUUCUGGUUGGAAUAAUAACAAUAACAAUUAAUCAGGGUCCAAUAAUAAUCAAAGUAGUUGGGGUAAUAAUAACAAUUUUAACAGAAGUAAUACAUCAUUUGGAAAUAAUGGCUUUGGAAAUAAUAACUCUAACUAUGGAGGGAAUACAAACAAUGGAAACAGUAAUAGUUGGGGUGGCAACAAUAACAAUGGAAAUGGCUUCUAAGGCUCAAGUUGGGGAAAUAACAACAAUAGCAAUAGGUCAUUUUCAGGAUUUAAUAAUAAUAAUAGUGGAAGUCAAUGGGGAAACAAUAAUAACAAUGGAGGAGGUUUUAAUUCAGGAAACAAUGGAAGCAGCUGGGGAAAUAAUAAUUCUGGCAGUGCGAAUUUCGGUUUUAACAAUAAUAACAAUAAUAAUAAUUAAAACAGAUUUGGGUUUGGAAACAAUAAUAACAAUAAUCAAGGGUCAUCAUCAUUUGGUUUCAAUAACAAUUCAGGUGGUUUUAAUAAAUCAACUUCAUCCUUUGGUAGCUCAAGUAAUUUUAGUUUUAAUCCAAGCAAUAAUAAUUAAGGCUCAUUCGGUUUCAAUCAAUCCAAACCAAUGUUUGGAACAACAGCAAGCGGAGGUGGUAAUAUGUUUGGUGCAACUACUUUUGGUAAUAAUUCUUCAUGUUUUGGAAAUAAUUCAAACAAUAAUUCCUCUGGUUUCAGAUUUGGAUAGACAGGUAAUAAUGGCUAUGGAAAUAACAACUACGGAAACCAGUAAUAAAGUUCGCUACCUGUGCUAACUCUAACCCUAGGAGCUAGUUAGGUUUAAACUGGAAUAACAAUCCCAACCAAGCCGUUUAUGAAUUAAAAUAAUGGCAAUAAUAACUUAAUAGGACUUUUUGGAUCAUAACCAUUAGGAUUUAAUAAUGGAAACAAUAAUAAUUAGGGUAUGUUUAGUAUAAGUAAUCAUAACAAUGGAAUGAAUUAACCUAUUAUUGGGAAUCUUUAAAGUAUAUAAGAUCCAUACUAAGCAAAGUAUGCGUUUAAAAGUGAUAAGGAAAUAGAUGACCAUAUCUUAAAAGCCAAAUUAGAUGCUUUUGGAGAUUUGAAAUCUAAUCCUUAUCAUGAUCUUCAAAUAGCAAUUGCUGCAAGCUUCACUGAAAAAUAGCAAGAGGACAUCAUGAUUGAUAAAUACUCACCAGAAAUUAUUGAGGGAAAUGAAAAGCUUGAUGACAAUUUAAAGCUAAUGAAGAUGUAUCAUUUCUACUAGAAACCAUUUUCACUUGAGAAAGAAAACUAAUUCGUCUAACUACCUGGAUUCAACAAUCAAAAAAGCUUUUUAUCAAAUUUCAAAGGCCAAAAUAAAUUAAACUUAACAGGGAUGAGAAUAAGGACAAGUUAAGAUGAUUCAAAUAUUAAAAAUCAUUCACCAAUAAUCGUUCCAUUGUCACAAGAUAAUUUAUAAACUCUUGAGAGAAAUCAAAAAAUGCAAGAGUAUCAUGAGUAUGUUGUGAAGACCUAGGAAAAAAUUGAAAAAUAGAAAUCCCAUAGAUAAAGGAAGAGAACUGGCUCUUUUGACAAUAACUAUGAGCCAUUAAUUGCAUUCAAAGAAGCUAAUGAAAACUCUAAUAUUAAACUAAGGGAAGCAGAUGAGCUAAUGCUUCCUUCUAAUGUAGACUUAAUGAAGGUUACAUUUAAUUUCCCAUAAAUUGGUAAGCUAAAGGAGUCUCAAGUCACCUUUAGAAUUCAUAAGAGCAGAGAUGUUGAUGAUUUAUAUCGAAAAAUUGAAGAAAUUCUACUUCAAAAUUAUAAAAUGAAUUAAAAUAAGCUUGAUUACAUAGUGCUCUAUAAAAAUGUACUUCUAAAGAGAGAACUUUCUCUUGAGUAGGCUAAUAUUAUUUAGAAUUCUCAGAUAUAUAUCUAAAUAGUAGAUGGAGAUGAAGAUAUGCCAAAAUCAUCAAGAAAAUCUUCAGUAAAUGCUAUUUAGAAUCUGCCCUAUGCUUAGAAAUAGCUUCUCCCAAAGCCUCCAAAGUAAGGUUAUAGAAUUUAGCCAGAUAUGGCAGAUUUUGCUAGAAUGACACUAAUGGAUUUGCAUAGAGUGGAGAAUUUUAUUAUUCAAAAUGAGUUUGGGUGCAUUAUGUUUGAAGGGCCAACAGAUCUAAGUGAGGUUGAUCUAGGAGAUUUAGUCACAAUUAAGCAUAAAAGUGCAGAGGUUUACGAUGAUAGGAGACAUAAAAAACCUGAGAUUGGCUAGAAAUUAAAUAAAAAAGCUCUCAUUACUUUGUUCAAGUUUAAUGUUAAAAAAGGGAAGUCUUAAGAUGAAAAGAAUGAGUUAUUAAAAUAGAAGAUUGAAGCAAAAGGAGGAGAGCAUAUGUUCUAUGAUAUGGAUAAGGAAAUAUGGCAAUUCAGAGUAUAUCAUUUUUGA